AUGAAGCUGGGAGAUAACAUGACUAUGGAAGCGUACAACGUAUGGGGAGACGUUCCUCCGCGAAAAUGUCGGCCACCGAAGAUCGGCGAUAUUCCAAAGCACAACGCGGUGGACGAAGAGUCGCCAGGAUCUAUCCCGAAGUCUCUGACGGUUCCCCAGGACUCCAGAGACUGUUCCCCGUUAGACAGUUCGGGGAGCAUCGUUUUUCCAUUAGACGCUGGCUCGACCGUCGAGCACUUUUCCUCCGCUGAAAGAUUCGAUCCAAGCAAACAGUUCCCUUUAGAGACCAGUUUCCAUUAUUCGUCGGAGUGUUCGCUGAAUUUCGGGAUAAAAGUUCAAGACUCGCGAUUCACGCGACAGGAAACAUCGUUGAACAGACAGGAGACCGUUGCAAGGAGAUCUGUGGGUGGUUCAAAGUCGAGGGAUCGUGUGUCAAAAAGAUCCUGCGAUGUGGACGAUAAGGUGACCAUCAGGCUAACCUCCGAGGAGUCGUCAACACUGAGAACGAAGGAUCGCGAGGAUUCGUCGAGGAUUCCGUCCAGUCCCGAGGAGCUCCCUAAUCAGGAGAUCGUCGAGGUCAGAAAGGACAGCGCCCUGUUUCUCGAGGAGGCGGAAGGUUUGCCGACUCUUCGCGAGAUCCUGAAAUCCCGAGGACCAAGGAUCAUCAGACCUAGGCGGGAGAGCAGCGGAUACGCGAGCAAUCUGGGCACAUUUGACGAGGACAGACGUAGCUCCUAUUCCACGGACGUUCUGCAAGAUCUGUCCUCGUUCCUGAAGGAAAGACGGAGAUCGUCCAUCGGGCCGAAACGCUUGAACUCACGACUGAUUGUCAGCAAGGCGGACGAAAGCCUGACAGAGGAGGUAGACUCGGUCGUGGACAGGAUGCCGACCACGGAGGUGCACAGAAAGCUGUCGAACGCGGGACUAGAGAUGCCGAAUAUCGACGAGAUGAAAGAAUUGCUCAGGGAUGAAGUGUCAUCCAAGCAGGAAGGCUUGGAUAGCCUGUGUAACCUCGUGGAACAGGUUAGCGUCGAGGAGCUGUCUGUGCACCGUCAUCCAGAAGAGACACCUGAUCGGGGUGUUUCGCCGAAAUUCGACACCGAGGUCCUUGACGUACCAAAGGCAUCCGCCACGUCGGGAUACCAAGAUCCAUUUACAGACAUCAGUGUCAUCCCUCUGAGUAGAGCGAUUGAUCGACCCUCGACGCGUUCAACGUCUAGGAGUGCUUUAAACCGAAUUGUCUGUCAGCGAGUUCCGUCAUCGUCGAGCUCGAGUAGUCGAAAUACCUCAGAUCAACCGGAUCGGAUAGGCGAUCGAUCGAGCUUGACCAUCAACAUCGAUGAGAUCAGGCCUAUGGUCGACGAGAUCCGGGUCGUGGAAGAUCCAGCGGACAGAUUAUCGUUGGGAGACAACAGGAAUAGCGAGACUGGCCAGCCAGAGGAUGAUCAAUCGGAGGUUCUUCCUCGAACUAUCAAGGUGUACCAACUAUUGUCCACCCAAUCGGAGGAUAGAACCGAUAGAGAAGUAUACUUAGCGGACAGAAGGAUAUCACUGCAGAUAUCGAAACAGAACGAUGUCCCCGAGUCUAUAAUAAUGUCCGGUGGGUCCAACGACGACCUGUCCACGCAAGCGGGAAAUACCCUAACGUUGACCACCAGUGUCUCCAAUGACACAGGAACCCGACUAUUCGCUGAAAUCACCGAUGACACCCUCACGAACAAAGUCUCCACACCCAACGAUAUAGGAACGAAUCAGAAGUUUCUAGGGGAUAAUUAUUCUGGCGCCAGUGUGAGGCCUAUUUAUCCUUACUGUCCGUACUCCCCUUAUGGUAGUCCUCAAGGGUCACCCAGGAACAGGAGAAGACCUCUCAGGGAGAGCAGGAGGGUCUCGAUCGACAACAGGCAAGGUGCUUUGCAGCUGAACCAGUACAAACUCCUGGAUAAUAUUGGCCAGGGCUCUUACGGUAUCGUGAAAUUGGUUUACAACGAGGAGGACGAGACCCACUAUGCGAUGAAGAUCCUCAGCAAGAGGAAGCUGAUGAAAAAAGCGGGCAUCUUCGGUAGAAUGGCCCCGGGAAGAAAGGGCCCAGCGGACCCGUUGGCGAAGGUCUACAGGGAGAUCGCGCUACUGAAAAAAUUGGAUCACCCGAACGUCGUGAAGCUGGUCGAGGUGCUCGACGAUCCGGACGAGGACAAUCUGUAUCUUGUCUUCGAGCUGGUCCAACGGGGCGAGAUACUACAGAUUCCGGCGGAGAAACCGUUGGACGAGGAAACAGCCAGACUGAACUUCCGUGACGUCGUGAUGGGCGUGGAAUAUCUACACUACCAGAGAAUAGUGCAUCGCGACAUAAAACCGAGCAACCUGCUCGUAGACAGCGACGGACGGAUCAAGAUCGCUGAUCUAGGGGUCAGCGCGGAAUUGAGGGCGUCCGGAGAAUUAUUGUCUGGACCAGCCGGUACACCGGCGUUCGCGGCCCCCGAAACAACAACACCUGGCGCCCAUUAUUCCGGAACCUUAUGCGACGUAUGGUCAAUGGGAGUAACCCUGUACUCACUCGUGACCGGAAGAGUACCCUGGGACGGUGCUGGUAGCAUAAUCGGCGUCCAAGCGGCGGUCCGUACCGAGCCCUUGAAAUUCCCAGACGAACCUUCUCUCACGGACGAUCUUCGUGGACUGAUCUCGCAAAUGCUGGCCAAGAAUCCCGCCGACAGGAUCCCGUUGGCAGGUAUAAAGGUCCACGACUGGCUGACCAAACGCAGUGCCGAACCACUGCCAACCGAGACCGACAAUUGCCGGCUUCAGGUCACCGUCACAGACGAGGAGGUCGAACGUGUUGUCACCAGGAUACCGAAGCUGGACACCUUGAUUCUCAUCAAGACGAUGCUGAAGCAGCACAGUUUUCAAAAUCCAUUUUUACCGAAGAAGAGCGGGAAAACGGUGUCCACCGAAGUGACGACCGAUAGUCUAGAGUUGCCCUCGUCACCAAGGACUGAAGAGACUUCGGUGUCUGGAAAACCGGCCAGGAACUUGAAAACAGAACGAUUUCAACGAACUGGACGAAGUAAUUCUGCUCCAGACUCUUAUGACUGGCAAACAAAUGGCGGGCAAAUAUCCAUAGACAGUCCUCUGCCGCCUGUCACAGAAGCUUCCAGUCAAGAAACUGAAACGGAAAGGCGGUGAUAUUACCGAGAAUCCAGGAGCAACGUCGUAGGAAACUGUUAUCGUUCGAUCGAUCCAAUAGACGAGGUUGCGCCACGAGAAUAAUCAAAGAUAUGCAAUUCUUCGCUCGUCCAAUUUGCAAUCGCGAGGGGUACAGCACCAGCUGUGAAUUCGCCUUAAAACACUUCAAGAACGUACUUAGUCGAUUCCUGAAACUUGAAAGUAACGACCGCACGGAUGAUAUGGACGUUAGCGGGUCAAUACGGUUGGCACAAACGGAGAGGAGCUUCAUCUUAAGCGUUCCACUUCUGCGUGAAGUUAGACGAAGCAAAGCUUUAGAGCGUAGGCGUGUGGUUUUAAGCGAAAACAAACGCAGUCCUAUGA